CUAACUAAAACAUCUUGUGCCGAAAGGAGACAAGUGUAGGCUAUAUGAAUCGUUGUACCAAGAAAACCAAAAUGAUGAAAUCUUUUAUCGCCUGGCUUUGCCUAUUCGCAAUAGGAGAUGCAGGUACAAUCAAAGAAACGAACGAAGAAAUAGUGUUACAUGCUGCGGAAAGUAUGAGCAGAAAUAUCGAAGAUGUUUUAGCGACAACACUUGGGUAUGAUAAUUUCCAGAAACAUUAUGACAGUCUUUCAUUUACGUCUAACACAAAAGACGGAGAUGUGGUGUUACACAAGUUGGCCAACAGAUUCGGAGGAGUGUUUAUGGACAGAAACACCAGACUGUUAAAAUUGAAAGAUGUCGUAGAACAAUCUAUUUCCGAUACAACUACCAUGUCAGAAUGCUGCAAAAUGAAUGUCAGUGAACUGACAAUGGACGACAGAUUUAAGCAACCGGUCGAGAUGUCAAGCUCAUGCUAUCAAAAAUCCAUCAAUACCAAAAGAAUGAGUGGGUCAUUGAAACCUGGAAAAUUUGACGAAGUUGCCGAAAAAAAUAUACGAGACUCGCCUUCAUUAAAAUGGCAAUAUUUUGGCAGUGAAACAGGAAUAAUGACAACAUACCCUAAGGCAAUGAAAAAAGAUUGUGAUUCGUAUGAUCCAAGAGUGAGACCAUGGUACGUGAAAGCAAAUGUUCCGGAGCCAAAGGAUGUUGUGAUUCUAAUUGAUAAAAGUAACUCAAUGGGAUCCCUAUACAGUGGAAAAACAUUGUUAGAUAUUGCAAAAGAAGCAGCGCAAAUUGUUGUCAACACACUGAAUCCACGUGACAGGGCGGCUGUAAUUGGAUUUUCUGAUAAUCUUUCAUUGAUGGGAAACGAGCCAGAUGAAAGUUGCUUUGAAAAUCAACUCGCUGUAGCAACUCAUGAAAAUACUCACGAAAUCAAUGAAUUUAUCGAUGAAAUAAGUUUGGGAGGUUCUACAAUGUACGGAAUGGCGUUGUCUAAGGCGUUUGAUUACUUUGAAAAUACAGAAUCGUUGGCUGGACGUGAACGAGUCAUAAUAUUAUUUUCGGAUGGAAUUCCAACUGAUAAAUCAGCACAAAUGACUGAAUCAUACCAAGCUCUGGAAGAUAAUGACAAAACAAAUGAAUAUAUUUUAAACAUUCUUAAAGAACGAAAUGGAAAACUGGAUAAAAUGGCAAUGGUGAUGACAUAUGGUCUCGGAAAUUUAAAAAAAUCUAUUUUGGAGGACAUGGCAAAUGAGAAAGGUGACUUGUACGAUUUUGAAAAAAGUGAAACUACAGAGUCAGGAGAAUACACUAACGUAGAGAAUCCAUCAAAUCUGAGACAAGAAAUGGUUUCAUACUAUAAUCACUUUGCAAAAAACACUCCUGUCGUAGAAGAGCCUAUUUGGUCACAUGUAUAUCUGGACGUGUUUGGCUUAGGUCUUGUGAUGACUGGCACUCUACCAAUCAAUGAUAAAGAAGGCAAUAUUCUUGGAGUGGUCGGAGUCGAUAUGACUAUUAAUGAUUUGAUUUAUGGAUCGUUUUUCUUCAGACCUUCCGAUUUAUCAUAUGUUUUUAUUAUCGAUCCUCAAGGUUAUGUGCUGUAUCAUCCUUUAUUUGUUUAUCCCGAUGACAAUGAAGUCAAACAAACGGAUAUUUUAGCGUUCGAAACUGAUUCAAACAUGAUCGAUGUCAUUGCAAGCAUGAAGAGUGGCGAAACCGGAUCAAAAGCUUUCAAAUCGCAUCGAGUAGUUCCAGCUGGUGGGGACAGACUUCAUGGAAUGAAAACAGUUUCUGUUACAACAAACGCACACUGGAAAAAAAUACCCAAUAGUGACUUCAGGCUUUGUGUCAUAUUAUCAGUCGAAAACCAAGAAUCAACUUUGCAAACUGUAGAACCAAAAGAAGGCGAAACCUUUUUACAUCACCGCCUGGAUGUUGUUAAACCAAAGACUCCAUGCCAGUGUUUUUGCGACAACCCAUGUGCAAAGAACGAAUCAGUGGUAUUUUUGGGGCCACGAGCAUUUGUAGUGUUGGAUCAUCAUUUGGAAAGGAAAGAGACUUCUGAACUUAUAAACUCGAUCGAUGAAUAUAUGAUGACUGGAGAAGGAUACAACCCAUUUAGACCUGGAAUUCGUGAUGAUGUAUGGGCUACGAGACCAGCGGAAAAAUAUUGGCAAGCUAAUUCAGAUACGGAAUACGAGAGAUACACGUUUUGGAAAUAUAUAGCAACAUCUAGCGGAAUAGUUCGGUUUUUCCCUGGCGCUGUUUUUCCGAAAGAUUUUGAUGCCAUUGAUCGCCCAUGGUACCGAAAUGCCAUAGCCCACGAAGGAAAAUCGACAAUUACACGACCUUACAAAGACGCAAUUGCCAAGGAGUUUCUUUUUACAAUAAGUAAAGCAAUAUAUGGCGGAGAACAAAAAGACGAAGUGAACUCUGUUAUGGGAAUUGAUCUUAGAGUUGAAUUCAUUGGAAUGCUGAUGAAGAAGAACUUUCCUGGAUGGUUUAGCUCUGGACUCACCCUCAUCGAUUCAACUGGUUUUGUAUUGUUCGGUGAGAAACUCGAUCUUGAGUCAGCUUUACCAACUCAUAUCACUCAGACAGAACCAUCCAUUUCUGAUUCUUUAAUUGCAAAUAAUAUAAUGACUCAUACUGAAUGUGUUAUAGUCGAAGAAACAGCUAUCCAACACACAUACAAAAUCCAAGGCACCAAGUUCUUCAGGGGAAAAACCACUGGUGGUUGCAUAUUUGAAUUUGUACCAAUACCAAGAACUAACUUGUAUGCCAUCCACCGCCAAGGGCCAUGCUGGCCAACAUCCACAUCUUGCGUUUGCUCGAGUGUCGAUUCCACGAAUCGUCAAUGCAUCAGCGGUGGUCCCGGAAGAUGUGAAUGUCCGUGCACAACUCCAUUCGAACAGUAUAAUACCUGCACCAACAAAUAUGAUUUUACUGGAGUCAAUAGCGUGGCGUGUACUCCUCCGCCAAGAACAUUCAUGUCAGUGUCAUCUAGCGAUUCAACCGGACUUCCACAAUGCAGUAAAUAUAUUAUUGUCGGAGAAGAUAGGGAUGAUGAAUACAAGAACCCGGAUGAAAAAUCAGGAAUUUCGACUGAAGCCGUUGCUGCCGGUGGAUCCGCUGCUGUCGUUUUGGCUUUGUUGCUGGCUGCUAUUCGUAUGCGCAUGUAGAUGCAGUUGUUAAUUGAGGCAUCAACAAUUGAGAUAAUUUCAACGUAAUCAACUUUAAUACACAUCUAUGGAAGAAAUCAAAUGUAUAAAUAUAUUUCAAUGGCGAUCAGAAAAAAAAUAUUAUCCUUUUUACAUUGUCUUGGAUUGUUGCAAUUUUCCAAUGAAAAUUUUAUUUCUGAUACGAAAUGAUUUUCGUAAUAAACUAAACUACUUUAUGACCUAAUUAAAAACAUCUGAGAAAACGGAGUAAUUUCUUUGUUUAUCUAUGAUUUUCCACCUUACUGAAAUAAAUGGAAUUUUUCUGAAAUAUAGCGGUUGUUAGUAAUACCGUCACACGAAAUGUUGCAUUCACAACUUAUGGUUCAUGUUACAAAAAAUCACAAUUGUAAUUUAAUAAAUAUUGUUCUGUUGGCGUAAAAGGAAAUAAAAUUGAUAAAAAUAUA